GCGGCGGUMGCCCCUUAGGAACGUUUGCUCGUCGGGAACGCUCGUCCUUCCCGUUGGCAGGUGCCUCAUGAGGCCGCAGGAGCCGUCGCAGGGCGGCCUGGCCGCGCCGGCGCUGGAGAAGCUGAAGCAGCGGGCGUGCGAGAGCGUGGAGGUGAACGCGGCGCGGCUGGGCGCGCUCAGCCACGACAUCUGGAGCCGUCCCGAGCUGGCCUACGAGGAGCACCAGGCGCACGACGCCAUGACGCGCUUCUUCUCGGCCGAGGAGCUGCCCGGCGCCGCGUGGGCCGUGCAGCCGCGCUACAAGCUGGGCACGGCCUUCCGCGCCGAGUGGGGCACGGCGGCGCCGCACGGCCCGCGCCCGCUCCGCGUCGCCUUCCUGUGCGAGUACGACGCGCUGCCCGGCAUCGGCCACGCGUGCGGCCACAACCUCAUCGCCGAGGUGGGCGCCGCGGCCGCGCUGGCGCUCAAGGCCGCCCUGGAGAGCCUGCCCCAGCCGCCGCCCGUGGCCGUGCAGAUUACGGUGCUGGGCACCCCGGCGGAGGAAGAUGGAGGAGGCAAAAUAGACCUGAUAGAAGCCGGAGCRUUUGAUGACCUGGACGUGGUUUUCAUGGCCCACCCGUCCCAAGAAAACGCAGCCUACCUGCCCGACGUGGCCGAGCACGACUUGUUUGUGAAAUACUAUGGAAAAGCGUCUCAUGCUGCUGCUUAUCCUUGGGAAGGACUUAAUGCAUUAGAUGCUGCUGUUCUGGCAUACAACAACCUGUCUGUUUUAAGACAGCAAAUGAAACCAACCUGGAGAGUUCAUGGUAUAAUAAAAAACGGUGGUGUGAAACCUAACAUCAUUCCUUCUUACACUGAGAUGGAGUUUUACUUGCGUGCCCCUUCAGUGAAAGAUCUUUACCUUCUGACAGAGAAAGUUGAAAACUGCUUCAAGGCUGCAGCACUGGCCACAGGAUGCAAAGUGGAAAUAAAAGGUAGUGAACAUGAUUACUACAAUGUGCUUCCAAAUAAGAGUCUGGAGAAAGUUUACAAGGAAAAUGGAAAGAAGCUUGGAAUAGAAUUUAUAUCAGAUGAUUUGAUUUUGAAUGGUUUGUCAGGUUCUACUGACUUUGGGAAUGUGACAUUUGURGUUCCUGGACUUCAUCCUUAUUUUUAUAUUGGCUCAGAUGCGUUGAAUCAUACUGAGCAGUACACGGAAGCAGCAGGGUCACAGAACGCACAGUUCUAUACUUUGCGGACAGCAAAAGCUUUGGCAAUGACAGCACUGGAUGUAAUUUUUAAGCCAGGUCUGCUGGAAGAAGUUAGACAAGACUUUAAACGGAUGAAACUAAGAGAGGAGGGGCAACUAAAUCCAGCAGAGCCAGGCAAAGAAUGUGGUCUUGGCAUAGGAGCUGCGUGUGCAUCACGUUAAACUUGGUCUGUUCCCCACCUUAGUGGGGAUGGCUUGAUGGAAAAGCUGUGUUUGAGUUCCGAAAGAGUCUGCAUAAACAUAGUUGAAGAAAUAUUUUUUUGUACUUUAAGAGUUGGAAAACCGAUAGUGUAAUUCAAAAAAAUGCUUAAUUUUAUGUAGUUGUGAUGUUUGCUGUAUUAAAUAUGAUAAUUUUGGAGAUCUCAGAUACAUCGUUUUUCAGUUGCAGAGUUGAAUAUUUGAUGUUCAGUUCUCUUAUGUCAGUGAUUGUUCUCUGUACUGCURUAGAAAUAUCCUUUAUAUGGACAGUACAGCUUUUAUGUGGACGUUUUGAUACUAAAUAWGCAUUAUUCAUUCAGUGACCACAGGCCAAGCCUGACCUACCAAGCACUUCCACCAGGCUAGUCGCCUUCCCAGGAACCAGGCAGAUGGGAGCACCAGCAGCCAGGCUCCUUCUGGCAGGCGUCCGUGUGCUGGACACCUGAGCUGCUUCAUCCAAGAGGAGGACUUGCCGGGAGGCAGGCCUGGCUUCGACAGCAGCCGUGGAUUUGAGGGGACUGGUGGGACAGAAGCAGAGUCUGUCGAGGUUGGACUCUCCUGAAGUGCACUGACUUCACUCCGAACAAACUGUUCAGGUGCAUGCCUGAAUCCACGGUUAGAUGAGAGUUGGACUCUUCAGCUGUGGAUAAAUUGGGUGCUGAAUCCAACUGAGAUGUUAGAUUAGAUCGUUUCUACUGAUCCUUKUUAAACUUUGUCCAAAGCACUUUCUCAUUGAUUAAUUUAAGCCCUACCUUGCCAGAUCUUGGCAAUAGUUUAUUACUCAGAAUUUGUUACUGUUUCCUCCCAUGUAAACUAUUCGGUUUCUUCCUUAGAAGGCUUUAGAACUUCUCCCUUGGAGGGCAUUACAGUCUUCCCUGUUCUCUUCAGUGCAGUUGUUGGCUGCGUAAUUUAAUUA